AUGACAUUUGAACAAGACAUCCACACCUUCUACGACGGCAAGCCCCAGCCCCCUUGGGGUGCACAGAGCUGGAAGACGUUCGAGUCAGUCAACCCCGCGACCGGCGAACCCCUCGCCAAGAUCUACUCCACCUCGGAAGGCCAGCUCGAACUCGCCAUCAAGAGCGCCAACAAAGCGUUUCCCGCAUGGUCCGCAACUGCGCCAGUUGAGCGCGCACGCAUUCUUCUUAAAGCUGCCGCCAUCCUUAGGGACCGCAACGACGCCCUCGCCAAGACCGAGACGCUCGACACGGGCAAGGCAUGGUCCGAAACGUCCACAGUCGAUAUCGUGACUGGAGCAGAUGUGCUUGAGUAUUAUGCGCAUUUUGUUGCGUCGGGAGGAUUGGACGGCAAGACGACAGUUCUGCGCCCCGGACCAUCGGGCGCUUCUAUCCAUACCUCUUAUGACGCUAUUGGCGUUUGUGCGGGUAUUGGGGCGUGGAAUUAUCCUAUCCAAAUCGCCUUGUGGAAGAGUGCAGCAUGUCUCGCAGCCGGUAACUGUAUGGUAUACAAGCCGUCGGAAGUGACCCCGCUACAUGCCAACACGCUCGCUGGGAUUUUUGUCGAGGCCGGCUUGCCAAAGGGAGUGUUUAAUGUCGUUUAUGGGGCGGGCGACGUGGGCGCCAAACUCGUCGCACAUCCCGGAAUUGGCAAGGUGUCGUUUACGGGGCAGGUGUCGACGGGCGCAAAGGUCGCCAGCGCGGCGGUUAGCGAAAUGAAGGCCGUGACGAUGGAGCUGGGCGGCAAGAGCCCUCUCAUCAUCCUUCCCGACGCGGACGUGGACGAGGCGGCCGACAUAGCUAUGAUGGCCAACUUUUACAGCUCUGGCCAGGUGUGUACGAACGGCACGCGUGUUUUCGUCCCCGAAACUCUGCUGGAACGCGUCGAGAAAGCUAUUGCCGAACGCUGCCACGACGGUAUCCGAAUGGGUAUGCCAAUGGACGAGACGACCAACUUUGGACCAGUGGUCAGCAAAGCCCACCAGGACAAGGUCAAGGCAUACAUUGCCACGGGCAAGGACAAGGACAAGGCGCGUGUAGUGUACGACGGCGCCUCUGCCGCCCAGGCCCAAACACCCACCAGUUCGGGGUAUUGGGUCCAGCCAGUCGUCUUCUCCGACUGCAAGGACGACAUGACGAUUGUGCGUGAGGAAAUCUUCGGGCCAGUCAUGGCCAUCCUCCCCUACUCGACUGCAUCGGACGAAUGGCUUGAAGACCUAAUUGCGCGCGCCAACGACACGCCCAUGGGCCUCGCGGCUGGUGUAUGUGCCAAAGACAUUGGGCGGGCGCAGUACGUUAUUCGGAGCUUGCACGCGGGCAUUACGUGGAUCAACACGUGGGGCGAGAGUCCUGCUGAGAUGCCUGUUGGAGGAUGGAAGAUGUCUGGUCUCGGUGUGGAGAAUGGGCAUGAGGGAAUCAUGGCGUACACACGGACCAAGAGCACGCUGGUGCAGCUCGGCACUGGCGCGUGUGCCGGCGUCUUCUCCAAGUUGUAG